CUUGAAAUCGAAUUCGAAAUCAAAAUGGAUUAUCUCCCAAACUUCAUUCUCCUCAUCCUCUUCAUCUUCUUGGCUACAAAGGAAUGGAACAGGAAAUCAAACCCAAAAUCCAAAUCCCAAACAGUGGGGCCGCCGAAAAUAUUGCCGCCGGAGCCAUGGAGGCUGCCGGUGGUCGGCCAUUUGCACCACAUUAUCAGUUCUCUUCCACACCACGCUUUCCGGGACUUGGCCAAGAAGUACGGCCCAUUGAUGCACCUGAAACUCGGCCAGGUCUCCACCAUCGUUGUUUCCUCGCCGGAGAUGGCGAAAGAGGUGCUGAAAACCGUGUGUCCGGCCUGCGCCGGCAGGCCUCAAAGCCUGGCAAGCAAGAUCAUGUGGUACGACUACGUCGACAUUGCCUUUAGCCCUUACGGAGAAUACUGGAGACAGAUGCGGAAAAUUUGCAUUCUUGAAUUACUGAGUGUCAAAAACGUUCGAUCAUUCGAGAACAUUAGGAAGGACGAGGCUUCCCGGCUAAUCGGAUGGGUUCGAUCGAAUUCAGGCAAGACAAUCAACCUGACAGAGAAGACUUUCAUGUUUACCAGUGCUGUAACAUGCCGGGCUGCGUUCGGGAAGAUGUUGAAGGACAGGGAGACAUUGAUCGGAUAUAUUAAGGAAGCUGUGGUAAUGGCAGGAGGGUUUGACAUGGCUGACCUGUUUCCAUCAGUUAAGAUGCUCGCAAUCCUUAACUGGAACAGAUUUAAGCUUUUGAAGAUGCGUAGGAAAAUGGAUUCCAUUCUGGACAGCCUGAUCGAUGAGCAUAAACAGAAUCAGGAUCAGGCCAUGGGAAAUGGAGAAUUCAGCAAUGAAGAUCUCGUUGAUGUCUUGCUGAGAUUGCAGAGAAGUGGAGAUUUUAAGUUCCCAAUUACCCAAGACAACAUCAAAGCUGUCAUCUUUGACAUGUUCUCUGCGGGAACAGAAACUUCCUCCACGACGCUGGAUUGGGCUAUGGCGGAAUUGAUGAAGAACCCCAGGGUUCUAGCAAAGCUGCAAGCUGAGGUGAGGAAAGCUUUCAAGGGGAAGGAGACGAUCGAUGAGGCUGAAAUUAGGGAUUUGAAAUACCUAAAAUUGGUGAUCAAAGAAACCCUAAGGAUGCACCCUGCAGUCCCUAUGGUCCCACGGGCGUGCAGAGAAGAAUGUGAGGUCAAUGGCUACACCAUUCCGGUGAAUGCCAAAGUUUUGAUCAACAGUUGGGGGUUGGGGAGGGACCCUAACUACUGGGUGGCUCCUGAGACCUUUAUGCCUGAGAGGUUUGAGGAUAGCUCCAUUGAUUUCUUCGGAGGUCAUUUUGAGUAUCUGCCGUUUGGGUCGGGCAGGAGGAUCUGCCCCGGGAUGAACUUCGGGUUGGCUGCCGUCGAGCUGCCUUUGGCUCAGCUUCUGUAUCACUUCGACUGGGAACUUCCCGAUGGAGUGAAGCCUUGUGAUCUGGACAUGACUGAGGCUGAAGGGAUUGCUGUCGGAAGAAAACAGAACCUCGUUGUGGUCGCCACUCCCCAUGAAGAUGAUCCUUCAACUUAGUUUUUACUGAUUAUAUAUACAUACAAUAUAUAAGUGUUCUUGAAUUGUCGUUUUGUUUGGUUCAGCUGCUUGUAAGCUGCCAUGUAUGUAGUUCGAAUAUAACAGAGUAUGGUUGAUAGAGUUUGAUUGUGUGAUCUUGAU